GCCGGCCCGGGGCGGGGCCGCAGGAGCUGGAGGGGCCGCGGCCAGGUCGCGACAGGUGCGCGAGGCAGAGCGCCUGGGAUCCGGGCAGGGCUGGUGCCGGCGCAGAGAGAAGACCGCUUUCAGCCAGGUAUUUCAGUAUCUGUAGACAAAAUGGAAUCAACUCCAUUUAAUCGACGGCAGUGGACUUCACUAUCAUUGAGGGUAACGGCCAAAGAACUUUCUCUUGUCAAUAAGAACAAGUCAUCGGCUAUUGUAGAAAUAUUCUCCAAGUACCAGAAAGCCGCUGAAGAAGCAAAUUCAGAAAAGAGGAGAAAUAACACCGAAAAUCCCCCCCAGCACUUUAGAAGGGGAAUCCUGACUGCGUUAAAGAAGAAGUGGGAGAACCCAGUGCUGGGAGCUGAGUCUCACACGGACUCUCUGCGAAACAGCAGCACUGAGGUCAGACACAGAGACGACCAUCCUCCUGCUGAAGUGGUGAGCAACUCUGCCUCUGGGGCCGAAGCUAACCGAGAGGAACAAGUCCAUCGCAGAACUAGACUUGGAUCACCUGCUGAAGCCCAUAUUCAGGAUCCGUAUCACCGCAUUGAGGACAGUGAACCUCUAAAAGACCACUCAACAGGAAAGAACAAAAUGGAAAACUGUCUAGUAGGAGAAUCCAGGCAUGAAGUAGGAAAGCCCGAAAUCAGUGAAAAUACAGAAGCUACAAACAAAAUAGAGAAAUAUAAUGUCCCGCUGAACAGGCUUAAGAUGAUGUUUGAGAAAGGCGAACCAUCUCAAACCAAGAUUGUUCGGACCCAAAGCCGAAGUGCAGGUGGAAGGAGGAUCUCUGAAAACAGCUAUUCUCUGGAUGAUUUGGAAAUAGGGCCAGGUCAAGUGUCAACUUCUGCAUUCAAUUUGGAAAAAAGUGAGACUAGGCGAAACCUGGAGAUCCCACGCCUGUCAGAAACCUCCAUAAAGGAUCGAAUGGCCAAGUACCAGGCAGCUGUGUCCAAACAAAGCAGUUCCACCAACUACACAAAUGAAUUGAGAGCCAAUGGCAGUGAAAUCAAAAUUCAUAAGUUGGAACAAAAGGAGAAUGUGCCCCCGGGUCCCGAGGUCUGUAUCUCCCAUCAAGAUGGAGAAAAGGUUUCUGCAGCUGAGAAUAGCUUGGCAGUCCGUUCCACGCCUGCUGAAGUUGACUCCCCAGGUAACUCCCAGGUUAAGAGUGAAGUCCAGCAACCUGUCCAUCCCAAGCCACUAAGUCCAGAUGCCAGAGCCUCCAGCCUUUCUGAGAGUUCUCCUCCCAAAGCAGUGAAGAAGUUUCAGAUACCUGCAAGAGAGACCUGUGUGGAAUGUCAGAAGACAGUCUACCCGAUGGAGCGUCUCUUGGCCAACCAGCAGGUGUUUCAUGUCAGUUGCUUCCGUUGCUCCUAUUGCAACAACAAACUUAGUCUUGGAACAUAUGCAUCACUACAUGGGAGAAUCUAUUGCAAGCCUCACUUCAAUCAACUCUUUAAAUCUAAAGGCAACUAUGAUGAAGGCUUUGGGCACAGACCACACAAAGAUCUGUGGGCAAGCAAAAAUGAAAAUGAAGAGACACUGGAGAGACCAGCCCAACUUCCAAAUGCAGGGGAGACCCCUCAGAGCUCAGGGGUAGAAGAUGCCCCCAUUGCCAAGGUGGGUGUGCUGACCGCAAGCAUGGAAGCCAAGGCCUCCUCUCAGCCAGAGAAAGAAGACAGGCCAGCUGAAACCAAGAAGUUAAGGAUCGCCUGGCCGCCCCCCACUGAACUCGGCAGUUCAGGAAGUACAUUGGAGGAAGGAAUAAAAGUAUCCAAGCCCAAAUGGCCUCCUGAGGAUGAAAUCAGCAAGCCUGAAGCGCUGGAGGAUGUAGAUCUGGAUCUGAAGAAGUUGAGGCGAUCUUCUUCGCUGAAGGAAAGAAGCCGCCCAUUCACUGUAGCAGCUUCAUUUCGAACCCCUUCCGUCAAGAGCCCCAAAUCCUUGUCCCCGCCUCUCAGGAAGGGCUGGAGCAUGUCAGAGCAGAGUGAGGAGUUUGUAGGAGGAACAGCAGCAGGGAGGAAACAAGUGGAAAAUGCCAAUGCCUCUGAGAAGAAUGGGAGUGUGGGAAAAACAACCUGGCAAAACCAGGAAUCUAAAGGAGGGGAGGCAGGGAGGAGAAGUAAGGAAGUUUAUAGUUUUGAGAUGGGGAGUGAGAAUCUUGUAGAAAAUGGUGCAAACUUAGAUGAAGAUGAUAGAAACCUUUCCAAUCAGCAGUCUCCACUAGAACCCAAGUCUCCAAAUUGGUCCAGCUUUGCAGAUAAUACCUCUCCUAAAGAAUUCACUACUCAGAAUCAGAAGUCCCAGGAUGUGGGAUUCUGGGAGGGAGACGUAGUCAAAGAGCUGUCUGUAGAGGAGCAGAUAAAGAGAAAUCGGUACUAUGAUGAGGAUGAGGAUGAGGAUGAGGAAUGAUAAACUGCAGUGGUGCUGGGCCUUACCUUGUGCUAGUGUUAGUGAGCCACUGCCCUUUAUCAGAGUGAUGUAUGUAUACAGUUAUCUUAGCAUAAACUGUAAUUUAUGGGGAAGUAAUUUUGGGAAACAGUUCUUGCUUCAAAAAAAAAUAAAAUCCCAUACUGCAGCUUAUCUCUAAAUGCUAGAGAUAACAUUACCUAAAUCCUCUAUUUUAGCCAUGAUGAUAUACAUAAGUGCGUUAAGGUCUUAUAAAAAUGGAGGGGAAUGUUCCAACUGAUAUAGUCCAGACUCCACUGUGUUCCCCGAAGGCAAUAUGAAAUAUAUAGAUGAUUAGUAUAGUACAUUGUUACUCUAAAAAUUGAAUCAUUCAGAGGGAUUUAGGGGCCUAAACAAUAUUACUGUCUGCACUUUAGUAUAAAGGGCACAGUUUGUAUAUUUUUAAAUGAAUACCAAUUUAAUAAUUUAGUAUUCAACUGUUAAGAAAUCAAAUAUAUAGUCUUUUUUUAAAAUUUUAGGUUAACUAUCUUACUCAGAUAUAUAUGGGGGAUUUGCUUUGCAUCCUGCUCUUGAAACCACACCCUAACCUGGAUUUAUAACACAGCCAUCUUUCUGAAACACCUUUUAAGCACCUUUGGUGCUUGGAGAGAUCCACUGUCUUCCAAGUAAACUAUAGUAUUUGCCAAUAAGUGUGACUAUACCCCAAGUGAUUGAUUGCUUCUCUGGUGGUAGCUGUGGUUCUCAUAAUUUGCUAAAAGAUACAAUAUUUUAUUAAGAUUUUUAUAUUACUGUUUGACAUGUUUCAUGUUACAGCAAAGUGAGUUUAAAGAAGGAAUAACGGGGCGGGGGGUGGGGAGUGAACCGCCUUAAUCCACUUGAGCUCAGACCCCCAAACCAUAUAUUUCGCUUCAGAUAUUCCCUUUCUGGGACACUAAUUUUUUAAUUCCUAUCAGCUCUGAAAUGUAUUGAUUUUUAUGGCAGACAGUAUCCCCAGGGUGCAAUUAAACCAAUUAUAGGCCUUUGUGUGUGUAUGUUAAGUCGUUGGAACAUUAUAAACUUGAGUACAUUUGUUGUACAUAAUUGAUAUUCCAAAUUAUAUGUGGUGAAGGGAGUUGUUAAGCUAUAGGCUUUUCUUUGUACUACAUUUUUAGAAAUUUAGCUCUAAUAUUUUUUAGAAAUGUAAAAUGUUCUGCUUUCUUACAGUCUUGCUUAGUCUGAAACAUUUUUAUUCAAUAAAGCUUUAAAUUUACAUUUGAA